AUGAGAUCGUACCAGGACGAGGAAGGAGCAGGUCAAAACACAGGCCUCGGGCCGUGUGGGAAGGUCGCCCUCUGGCGUUCAAUGAUUGCACUACCGCACCGCACCUUACGUGCCUCCGUCCCGGGCAAGGCGCAUUGCUACGCGAAGCUACAAGAAAAAGCACCUUGUUUAGCUGCCAAUCAGGAAAAGAAGUCUGAAAUGCACAUCCUAUUCUUGGCCCUUCUGAAGAAAGUUUCUGCCAUGUGUCUCAUGGAGAAAACAUCUUUACAACUAGUAUCUCAGUGGGAUUAUAUUACUUGUUGCAUAUAUCUUGAUUUUUGGCAAAAUGUAAGCAGUCUUUCAUCCUGCAGUAUCAAAUAUAUAUAA